ACGUCGUCUAUGCGUUCAAACAUUCUCCCAUCGAUUUCGAACUCGUAUAUAUACGAGGGAUUCGAUCGGAAAGGUAUCAGUUCUUGCAACAGCAUCCUCUCAAGAUGAAGACCAUCUCAAUGAUCGUUAUUGUAUUCACGUUGGCUAUUGCCACGGAAUCAAUGGCAGACUCGAAAAAACAGAAACGUGGCGUAGCACUUUUUGGUCCACCCGGUUACGAUGUUUUCGGUGUCGUGCCAGCUUAUGGUACUACUUCUUGGGCACCGACCGGUUUCGGCAGUGUUCCAUGGAAUCCUCCAACUUCUCCUGACAUUGCUCUUGCACAAAUUCAAGCACAAGCGACCCAUAACGUCGCCUUACAAACUCUGAAGGAUCCAUCCCCUGGAACACCAAGCAUUGCUUAUCCACCGGAAGUUAUGAAAGCGAUUCAGCAGGCUAAAGAAGCUAAUCACAACGUGUUCGUAGCUCAACAAAGAGUGGCAGAGGCUAAAGAAGUUGCAGUGGUUCAACAAAAGAUUGCACUUGGCAAAGAAGCCGCUGCCAGGGAAGCGGCUUUGAGAUCGCAAGAAAUUUCAUCGCACGCUCAAGAAGAAGCUAGAGCGAGCGCUAAGCAAUUAGUAGCUGCGCAGCAGAGAUUGGCAACCUUGAAAGAUGCUGUGGCCGCUGCACAACGGGUUGCAGCUGCAAGGGAGGCUGCCGCGGCCGCGGCUAUUCAGAGAAAUGCCGCUGACACUGCAGCAGAAUUGAGAAAACAAGAUGUUGACAAACAAAUCUCGCAGAGCGAGCAAGAAGCUAAGGAAAAAGACAUUGUUGCGGCAAAGGAAAACGCCGUCGCUAACGCAGUAGAACACGCGGCAUUUGAAAAGCCUGUACACCAUCCUUGGGGUUAAUGAUACACUAGAUUGUAUAAUUAAAAAUGAAGCGCUAAAUCAAAAAUAGCAAAUUUAUAUAUACUCCUUGUUUAUCGGUGAUGGACACUUGUUUUA